GAUGCUGAGGCAGGCAGGGUGGCCGCUGGAUGGUCUCCACUUGGGAUGCGGAAUCUCAGCCCUACUCCAACAGCCCCGCUUGGUUAGAGGUGGGCGGCAGCUGCUGAGGCUUUUCCGUGCAACAUAGCUGUUCCUGUUCCCCGCAGAUGCCGCAACCCUUUGCCCUGUCGCUGUUGGCGGCUUUAGCUUUGCGCUUGCAUCUCCCAAGCGGACAUCUUGCUUGUAUUUUGCUGCAGAGGGUUGCUCUGGCUUCCAUCCCAGACCUAAAGUUGGAUGUGCCCUUGUAGGGCCAAAUUAGAAUGCAACUUUUAAGAAAACUGAUGUAUUAACAAUUUAAGUGAAACUUAUUUUGCAUAUCAGUAACUAAUCCUUGAUGAUUUAAAGAAAACUGUUUUGCCAUUAGGUAAAUAACCAGGACUCUUGUGAAGUUUCCUGAGAUGAGCUUCAAGUCCUGAGUGCUCUCACUUUGGCCAUCAUGAUGGCAUACGGGGAAAUCAAGGCAAUUAGAGCUUGAAAAGGAUGACCUAUUUGUGACUUUUUCCCUAAAAAUUAGAUAUACUUUGUAGCUUUAAGACAUGUUUACCUUUUACAGUGUGUGAGUUUACGUUUAUUUAGAUAGUGUUAAUGGUUUUGUCUGGCAAGCAAAUACCUAGUGACAGGCAUUUUUUAAUAUAUUUUGUAAUGUGUAUGGUUAUUGUCGCUGGAGUGGCUGCUUUAUAAUCCUUUGUCAUUUAACACACUGAAACAGCAAGUUACAGAAAACUGAAAUAAAUGAGCACAGCCGUCUUGACCACUGGGGAUCAAAAUGUUGUGGAAAUCAUUCUAAGAGCAUCUUGAGAUUCUAAGAAUGACAUUACGACUUACACAAUAAAUAGUUCAGUGUGUUGAGAGUUCCGUGUGCUGCCAAGCAACGAGGACACUGCUGGGUGUGUCUAUUCCUGCUCUUCCUUUACUGCCCUCUCUUUAGGUAGAAAAAAAAUUAACUUAAGAAAAUUAUAUACAUUAGAAGGCUGGAUCAAAUUCAUGCUUGAUUAACCCUGUUGAAAAUAUAGGAGUUUAUAUAGUUGAAAUACUCAUCAGAAAUAAUUUAAUUCAGCAGAAAAGUAGCAACAAAGGUCAUGCAUGCUAUGGGGCAGCAGGACGGUCCCGGAAAGAUAAGUGUUUCGGAAAGAUUCAUCCUUUCCGGAACGAAGGCCCUGAACGAUACAGAUUAUCCACACUACUGUAAUCUCUUAAGAAAAAUCAACAUGCCUUUUGUGAAAGGAGUGGAGGACAGACAUAACUAUGUCCGAUUUGAGAAUAAAUGCAGCCCUGCCUUUCUUAAAUUUCAUCCUUACCCUCCGUCGGUCCUGCCGGACUACCACCUGCACCACCCCUACCCUCCGCCGUAUGGACCAGCUUACCCGUUGUUUCCUCUGCGAGAUGAUGUGCCCCCAGGGGACUGCUGCUCCAUGCUCAUGAGUCCUGGUGGCGAUGCUGAUCUGAAGCCUGGCACUGGCAGAACCAUUCCUAACCUGGUUGGUGUCAGUGAUGUGAAGCCUCAGCAUCGAGUUCCCAGACCAGACACGGGAUUUCAAACAACCAUGAAAAGGCGCACAGUUCUCUCCGAAGAACUGCAACAGGACACGAGGUGGAAUUCCAGAGGAGUCCCAGACAGCUCCAUCAGGGCCCGACUCGGAGGUUGGACAAGUCCAGUGAAAAUUACUCCUUUGCAACCCAUUCAUGAAGGCUGCUCAAUAAACCACUCAUAUGCAUUUGAGGAAGAGGCACAGAACACAGAUGAUGCUGAGUCACUUGUUCAACCUAACAGGAAGUACAGUGCAAAAGACUCAUUCUACAAGUCCUCGACACAAAAAGCUUAUGAAGUUGUUCCUUGGGACAAGAUGCUGCCACCAAAACUGGACCCCAGAGAAACAACUGUGGAAAAGGCUGCGGACCCCAUCUCACAGUGCUUCACCCUCAGGAGAUACAGAAACGCUCCAGCACUAACCCAGAUGGUUGGUGGACUCUGGGACAGAUUUCAAACAAGAUCGUUCGUGGCACCCCUCAAACCAGUCAGUUUUGUGAGUCCAAGUUCUAGAAGUAAAUACAUCCCUCUAUAUACUGGUCACGUGCAGUCCACAAAUGCUGAUGACGUGGACAACCCUUUGGGAGACAUCACGUCCCUCGCCAAGCCUCGGCACUCUAAACCUCACUACACCAGCACAGGCCGAGCUGCAAAUAUCCCAGGAUAUACUGGCAAGGUGCAUUUCACAGCCACCCACCCAGCAAAUUCUAAUAUUCCACCAACAACCCCAUCACCAGACUCCCAACUGCACUGUGUCUUACGGAAAGAAAUGAAAGUCGACCUCUUCCGUCACCAGGGACCACUGUCCCAGAUGGUUACAACUGUGAAACCCUACAACCCAUUUAACAGGAAGCAGAAACACGCCAUAAGCUACUGAAGACUACACAGGCCUUGGGCAGUCCUGGGGAAGGCGUGGCGCAGGACGCAGUGGGGAAUAAAGGGUGUUCCCAGUAUGUGUCAGUCAUGUGGCGUGUGGUGAGGAAGCACCCCCUGGGCUGUGUGCUGCGCUUGGAACCAGGCUGCACCCUCCCGGCAGGCCAGGU